ACUAGAUUUUGUGGCUGGGGAGGAAACGGCCGUUAAAAGCAAAAUGUCCUCAGUGCCUGACGGGAAGAAGCUGGUGCGGAGCCCCAGCGGCCUCCGUAUGGUGCCGGAGAACGGCGCCUUCAACAGCCCCUUCUCCCUGGACGAGCCGCAGUGGGUCCCGGAUAAAGAGUGUCCGAGAUGUAUGCAGUGUGACACCAAGUUCGACUUCAUCAGAAGAAAGCACCACUGCCGGCGGUGCGGCCGGUGUUUCUGCGAUAAAUGCUGCAGUAAGAAGGUGGUGCUGCCCCGCAUGUGUUUCGUUGAUCCGGUGCGGCAGUGCGCCGAGUGCAGCCUGGUCUCCCAGAAAGAGAUGGAGUUUUAUGACAAGCAGCUCAAAGUGCUUCUGGGAGGUGGCACCUUCGUUGUUACUUUGGGAACGUCGGAGAAGUCUGAAACCAUGACGUGUCGCCUCUCCAACAACCACAGGUAUCUGUUCCUCGACGGCGAAAGCCACUUCGAGGUGGAGUUGUCUCGGAUGUCCAGCAUGCAGAUUUUGACAGACGGGUCGAGUCCGGGAGAGAAUGACAUUCACACUUACACCAGUCUGCUGGACAGUCACUGUAUCUCUGAAGGAGGGACGUCACGGGCCAGCGGCAUGCUGCUCCAUUACAAGCCAAUGGGCUCUCAGGACUCCCAGCAGCUCCGCAUGGAGGCAGCAGACGACAAGAAGGUGGCCUCGCUAUGGCUGGCUGCAAUGCACAAGGCGGCCAAACUGCUGUAUGAAGCUCGGGACCAGUGACGUGCAGAACGCCUGCAAGGCUGAACCUCCAUGGCAGCACACACCCAAGUGUUUUGUACCCGUCUCACCGGGGUUUGGUACCUUUUGGAUUUUAGUAACACCAGUUCUGAUUCCGCGUAUCCGUCUGAUUCCUCUUCGGUUCUUGAUACCAGUUCUUAUCAUGGUAAUUUUUGCAAGAAAGAAAUGUUUAUAGAAAAAAAAACAAAAAAAAAAAACAAAACACUUUAUUACCUCUAUAACCAGUACUUUGUACAUCAUGUUUACCACAUGUAGGCUGAUUGUCCUUCUUUUGCAUUUUGUCUUUCCAUUUAAUACAUAAAUCGAGGCAUGCAGCAUCGAUGUUUAUACAUAAGUGUAACAAACCGAGCGGUGAGACAGCAGGAGAAGAAACUUUCCAACGCUCAUCUGUUGACUUUGGGAGGCUUCUACUUUUAAUUCCUGGUCUUUUGCCUUCUCAGACUUGAAAAUUUGACUCUUUUUUUUUUUUUUGCCAUGAAAUGUGACAUCAAACCUUUCAUAAACCAUUUUUCAUAAAUCCAGAGAUGCAGUAAAACGUCAGAGGCACAGUUGUUUCAUGACGACACAAUAACUUAUUAUGCUGCUGUUAAUUUUUUCUUUUCUUUUUUUUUCUGUGGAUUUUAUUUCCCGGUAGAAGUGAUGAGACACUUUAUGGAUCCCUGUGGGGACAUUUUUAUUUUUCACUUUGCUGACCCUGCCUUUAUAGAAGUCAGCCAAAAAGCACCAAGUAUGGACUGAAUGUCUCGCUCGGGGGACCUUCAGCAGAACCCAGAUCUUCCAGAGACAGCAUUGUCACGCGCAGGUUAAAGGACAAAUCCACCGUAAAACCCUUUUAAUGCAGGUGGAAAAGCAGCUACGUGUGAUGUACUUUGCAUUUCGGGUCCCACUUGGUUUGGUUUGACUUUUGGUGAUCCCGUAGAUAAUGAAGACGCUUGCUCCAGUGGAGUUCGAUAACUGAGGAUGUCCGAGCAAUCCUACACCUGAUCUGCACUGGAUCCGACUGCGUCACACUGCAGUUGCGCUGUGGCUCCCUUAUGGUUUCAGUGUCCAGUGCAAAGGAGGAGAACGUCUGUUCCCCAGCAGCCACACUUUAACAAAGCAUGUGCUCAAGUGGCCAAAUAAAGCCAUGCAGAUUUUAAUAUUAAUGUUACGUCAACUGCCGAUAAAUAUAGACGUUUAAAUACAUUCAGAAGUGAAUUUCACACUUCAGUUCUGACAAAAAAAUGGACCCGGCGGGUUGUGACGCAGCUGGAUUCUGCUGGAUUUGGUGGAAAUGUCAGGUUUUAGUGAUGGUCGCCUAAAAUCAAGAGCGAGGGGCUUUAAUCUGGAUUUUUCAUUUUACUUUCAACGUCAUCAAAGUCAUCAGGGAAGAAGAGACAGAGAGCGUGUUUUGUACAGAGCAAGAAAUAGACAAGAUUGUGGUGGCAAAUCGAGCAGGGAGCGAAAGGCAUUCUGGGAAGUGUGGGAUUCUUUAACUGAAGCAGAAGCAAGAAGAGGCAGGCUGAGGCAAAUUUUCUUGUCAGAAUAACUCACACAUGCAAAGAACAUCACAGAUUUUCCACAGUUUGUAUGAAAGUGACGUCACGUGGUGGAUUUUUCCUUUAAUAAACCGGGCGACGGUUGAGUUUUAGAUUUGAGUGACAAGUUCAGGUGACACGUUAACGUUUUCCUCUCUGCAAGUUGUUUCAGUAACUCUGCUCUAUGUUACAAGUAUUUACACAGUUAAAUCUUUAGUCCUCUGCGUCCAAGGAAACUACUCAAGACUAGUGAAGUAUAAACACGCAGACAUAAUAAAUGCUUUAAAUGUAGUUUCAUGUAUUGAAGUUUUGUACGAGCUAUUUUGUUCAAUAGUCCUACUUUAACACAGGGCGUGUGCGCACUCACAUCAUUUUUAAAGCUGAGGUAUGACUAUAGUUUUUUGUAACACUUGUAUACAGCUUUUCCUUUUGUCCCGAGUCUUGAGGCCUAAACAGAGCGUGUUUUGCCUUUUUUUUUUUUUUGCUCUUUUUCUUAAUGUCACUGUGCAGAGCCACAACCCGGAUGUCGCAUCGCCACCUUCCCUCAACCAAACGCAGGUUCACUUCCGGUUGAGUUGGCGGGUUUGUCAGUUGUGCUUCCGCGGAUCUAUUUACAAACGAAACCUUAGUUUCGAGUGAGAUGGUGAAAGCGUUAGGGGAAAUUUUCAAGAAAAAAUUUAAUCUUGGCCAAAAUAUAUACGCCGCAGUUGACAUGUGCUGUGUUAAAAAGAAUUUCUGAAAGUUAGCCCCAGUUUGUGCCUCUUGUUUAUCAUCAUUACAUUUUGCUCACAGACCCCAUUUUUGGUUCCGUUUAUAGUCAGUUAUUUUUUUCAGCAGUGGCCACACAAUGUGAUCACCUCUCUCCAGAGUAGUUUUCGUCGGUAGUGGCCGAGUCCACCAUCUCUUUACACCGUCCCACGAUGUAAGAAGGCCGAUUUUUUUUUUCCAAUUGACUCCUUUUUAUUGAAACAGUGCGAGUUUGCUUGGUGGACGCCGUCAUCGGACACAAAACCAGCCGUCUCCUGACGAAGUAACACAGCAACCACGUGUGUCGCUAAAUCACCCACAACCGAAAUCUCAAGAACUUUAAAGGUUGUUCAACGGCACUUCCUGCCGUUUACAGUAUUUCCAGAAUCCUCCACGACUCUUUUCACCAUCAUUUAAAGAAUACUCUAUCUGCUGCAGGGCUAAUAAAAGGCUUUUAACGCGCUUCCUUACAGAUUUCUUUGCUCAUUUUUCACGACACAAACUGAGCCAGUGACUGUUCACGUACAAAUUGAGCAGGAAACAUUCCCGAGGGACAUCUUCAUGUUGAUUGGGAAAUAGAGCUGCGACUUGAGACGCUAGCUUGAAUCUUUUCUUAAUCGUUCGGCAGACGGAAUAAUUUUUUACAUCCUGGAGGAGUCUUUGAAGAAUCUGGAAAUACCCGUAAACCAGGGGUAAGUGUUGUUCAACGGCCUUCUGGGUUGUUUUGUUGUUUUUUUUUUCAAAGAUUUUCACUUCUGUAUUUUUCACAUAAAGUAAAUAGUGAACUCUGCGAGUCAAAGUUCACGGUGGCACAUGAGAGGCACAAACUGGGGCCACCUGAAAGUCAGAUUCCAGCUUCUUUCAAUAGAAGUCCAAUCCUGGGUUUUUUUCCCCUGAUGCGAGUAGUUUUUACAGAUGCACCCCCUGAUGUUUGUUAUUGUGCUCACAAAACCCAGAUUUUUCCCUGAAGGAAUUCCUGUUGGAUGCUAUAACAAAAUCGAGACGUGCGUCUUUAACGCAUCGAUAAUCUUGAAAAUACAUAUCAGCUUAACAUGAAGUGAAUUUUGUGUGUUUCAGUGUUCAUUUAAGAUGAUGCAAGAUUGUAAACAAAGUUCACGUGCUGUUACGCAAAAAUCUUAACUCAGCGUCUGCUUACUGGUUUUUUUUCUCAGGACCUUUCGGCCACAUCUCACGGUCUUCGUCGGCAGAUUGUGUGCGUGCGCGCGCUGAGUUGUCACCUCGUUACACGUAACAAGAGGUCGUCUCGCUUAACUGGAGGCAUGUGCGAUGACAACUGAGCACACUCCCAUCUGCUGAGGAAGACCAUGAGAUGCAGUUGAAAGCUCCGGAAAAAGCUAGUGAGUGGACCUCGGGUUAGAAUUUUGUAUUUUU